UGCACCGCGAACUGUCAACACUGCCUCUGUGUUUAAUCUUCAAUAAUAAAUAUUUUUAAUAAGUUUAAAACUUCAAAAAUAGUAAAAAGUUAUUUUGUGACUCUAGUGAACAGUUUGAGUGUUUAAAUAACAGCAUCGGAAGUGCAGAUUUAUCAAAUCCAUUAUUUGUAUUGUUUACCUGCAAAUCAUCGUGUGAAUCAUCAACCGGCCGGCCCGCGCGAUCAGUGGACACGAUUGUCACGGUUAAGUGGACGGCAUAAAGUCUAGAGUGGCGCGCGAGCGCGGCCUUGACGUAACGUGACGUAUCGCAGUGAGUUACCGGUCUUCGCUUAUCUGACAUUACAUGUGCGUUUACAAAGCUAGUAACCACCAUAUAGUGCAACACUCUGCAGAAUAAAUUGAUUUUGGUGAUUUACACAUUUUAUACCCUGUCCACAUCCUAAUUAAAUUUAUCUGAUCAUGAACGAAGCAGUCACUAUAAUAUGGGGUUGCUGUGCCCCUACCAAAGAAAACGAAGGCAAAAGUUUUGUGAGAUGCACAAUUUGUAAAAAGGUGUUUCAUCAUGAUUGCUUGGCUUUGGACCCAUCUUCGGAUCGAACUUCUUGGGCAUGUUCCACUUGCAAUUCAAAAACACCUGAAUCUAAUCAAGUAUUUUUCAACACGAACAUAACUGUACGUUCUCACAAAAGGCAAGCGCUUCAGUCUCCUCCGGAUGUCAGUUCCUCACCAGUCACGGAGGAGGGUGUGCGUAGCAUUGUAACAGAGGUGCUGCAGGCUAACAUGGAUUGUAUGUUGGAAAAAAUAAAUUUAAAUAUGAAAAUGCUUCUGAUGCAGGAACUUAAUGCCAUGCGUGAACAAAUUGCAGGAUACAAAAAUUCUGUAGAUUAUAUUAGCCAGCAAUAUGACGAUCUAUUGCAAGAUAAAAAGCAACUUGAAGAACAAGUGAGGUCUUUACAAAAAGAAAACGGGUCAAAAUCUACAAUUAUUAAUGAUUUAGCUAAGCGUUUGAAUAUGUUGGAACAGCAUGCACGUUCUUCAAACAUCGAAAUACAAUGUGUACCUGAACAUAGAUCGGAAAAUGUAGUCAACACUGUAUUCCAGCUAAGUAAAGUUAUAAAAUGCGAAGUUAAAGAGACUGACAUCCAACUUUGCACCAGGACAGCUAAAAAGGAUAAAGAAAAUCCCAGACCUCGCUCUAUACUUGUAAAAUUCAACAGCCCUCGGCUGCGUGAUUCUUUCCUCGCGGCAGCUAUCCAAUACAAUAAAAGCCAUCCUAAUGACAAACUCAACGCCAGUCAUCUAGGUAUAGCUACGACCACGCCAUCUCCAGUAUUUGUCGCCGAACACUUAUCAUCAGAAAAUAAGGCGCUACACGCUGCAACUCGACUCCGCGCUAAAGAACUAAAGUAUAAGUUUGUAUGGAUACGCUAUGGUAAAAUUUUUACCAAGAAGGACGAAUCAACGCCGAGUAUAUGGAUCAAUAGUCUGGAAAAACUGAAUUCUUUGUCCUAAAUCUUGUUAUUCUUGCCAUAC